AUGUGUGACAUGCAGAAAAUGCCAACGAGAGAUGAUGCUUCUUGCGAGGAAGAUUCAGAGAUGAAUUUUGCUGCAUUCUCAGCAGUGGGUACUGCUGGGACACACUUUGUGACGACGGGUGGCCAGCUGCCUGUCGCAAAGUUGCAGCAAAGCGUUUCCAAUAAUGGUUCACUGUCUCAGGUGGUGGGUAUGGUAGGUGGCGUGAAUAUGGGCGACGGUGUCCAGUACGUGCGAGCGAUCGAUAGUAGCUCGCUACAAGCCACGCCUCAGGUGAUCUCCGUGCCCGUCUCGUUGCCGGGUGCCAUGCCGGGUGACCCACCAGCAACGGUGCAGAUACAGGUUCUUAGUCCGAACCUGACGCUCCAGCAGCAACAACCGAAAUAUCAGAUGCAAAUACCCAUUCAAGGAUUUCAACAAGGCGGAGCCGUUCUAACAGUAGCUUAUUCUCCGGACUCCAACGAAACUGGUGGAAUACAACUUGUAGGAAACACAUUACCUGAAGGUCUUCAAGUGUUAGCAGCCUUGCCUCAAGAGAUGCAGCUAGUACGUCCUCAACAAACUCAGGACAAUAAGGAUCAAGUGCAACAGAAUAUACAGCAUCAGGUGUUCAUAACGCCGAACAAUCAGAUAAUCAUCAACGGCCCGGACACUAAGCCGUUGAACAACAACACGAGCGCCAACAACAACAACAACAAUGACAUCACGAACAUCGUUAUUAAGGAGGAAUGCGAUGAGAACAACGAUGAUGAAAGUUCUCAAGGAACAGAGGCGAAUGAGAAUAUACAAUGGCAAAUGUCGAGUUCGCAUCAGGACCUCGUAAAGUAUCUCAACGGAUUACCACCGCAGCAAACACAAGCUUUACCAGUCUCUCUACAACAGUUCCUCCGACUAAAUCCCACUGAGAUUAAGAAGACAGUAACUCCAGAUGUGGAGAUGACAAAUACUGAUGAGGACAAAAAGGAUACUAUCACUGAAGCUGUUUUGGACGAAGAUGGAACAAUCCGAAUUCAGAACAAGAAAAAGAAGAAAUACAAGAAGAAGCCCUCAAAGCCAGCUCGUCCGAAGCCGGGGCAAGUGAUGAUAGCCACAACAGCCGACGGCACCCCUAUCUACUGCUGCCCCGAAUGCAAUAUGGCCUACCCGGACAAAGGACAGCUGGAGAUGCACCUCUCGGUUCACAAGAUUGAGAGGAGAUUUAUAUGUGGAAUUUGCGGGGCCGGUUUGAAACGCAAGGAACACUUGGAACGUCACAAGCUGGGCCACAACCCCGAGCGGCCCUACGUGUGCGGCGCGUGCGGGAAGGGCUUCAAGCGGCGCGAGCACCUCAACCUGCACGCCGUCAUACACUCGGGCGUCAAGACCGAGCUCUGCGGCCAGUGCGGCAAGGGUUUCUACCGUAAGGACCAUCUCCGUAAACACACGCGGUCUCACGAGACGAAGCGUGCGAAAGACGAGGCAAAUAACGAGGCGAUGGACGUGAAGAACUCAAUUCCUUCAACCAACACCAUCUCGAAUACCACCAACGCUUUAUUGCCAGAGAUUACGAUUCAUGUACCGACUAGUUCGAACAUGGCGAUGCCGGUGCAGAUCAACAUCCCGCAGCACGUGAUGUCGUCGCUGGCCGCCGCGCAGGCCGCCCACGAC